AGUCGAAGGGGGCCGAGCGAAGGGGAGGAAGGGAGCGCCGCAGCCGGCCGGCCUCGGUGAGGGGCAAGACGAGGGCGCCGGCGGGAAAGAAGGGAGGGACGCUGAGAAGGCGCUCGGCCGCCACACGAGCAGCAGCGCCGCCGUCCUGAGGGCGAGGAAGGCAGGGAGAAAGUUCCUCCCGACGCUUCCCGGUUUCAUCGCUUCGCUUUUCCCCCUUGUCUUUCCUGCUUCCUCCUCCUCCUGCCCCCGCCAUGUCCCGGGAUCCAGAAGAAGUGAACAAACUGACCGAAAACACCUAUAAAAAUGUGAUGGAACAAUUCAACCCGGGACUGCGGAACUUAAUAAACCUGGGGAAAAACUAUGAAAAAACUGUUAACGCCAUGAUUCUUGCUGGAAGAGCUUACUAUGAUGGUGUAGCAAAAAUAGGAGACAUAGCAGUCGCAUCGCCAGUAUCUAAAGAACUGGGUCAUGUUCUCAUAGAGAUUUCCAUAGCCCAGAAGAAACUCAACGACAGCCUAGAUGAAAGUUUCAGGAAAUUCCACAAAGAGAUUAUUUCUGAGCUGGAGAAGAAGACUGAAUUGGAUGUCAAAUACAUGAACGCUACUUUGAAGAGAUACCAAAACGAACACCGAAGCAAGCUGGAUUCUUUGGAAAAAUCUCAAACAGAGUUGAAGAAGAUCAGAAGAAAAAGUCAAGGAGGGAGGAACGCCACAAAAUAUGAACACAAGGAAACAGAAUAUUUGGAAACGGUGAGUUCCCGCCAGAACGACAUUCAGAAAUUUAUUGCCGAAGGUUGCAGAGAAGCGCUCCUGGAAGAGAAAAAAAGAUUCUGUUUCCUGGUGGACAAGCACUGCAGUUUUGCUCAGCAUAUGAAGUAUUACCACAUAGAGUGUACAGAGUUACUGAACGUCAAGUUGCCCGGGUGGCUGGAGACGUGCAGCGAUGCCACCAAAGUACCGGAGAAGAUUAUGACCAUGAUAGAAGAGAUAAAGACACCCGUCUCCACUCCAGUCUCAGGAACUCCAAUGCCUUCGCCGAUGAUCGAGAGGAACAGCACGGUGGGAAAAGAUUACGACUCACUUCUCAGGAAUUCUUCCCACGUGCCUCCCGCUCCGACCAUCAGAGCCUACACAAGUCCCUUAGUAGACAUGUUUAACAACCCGGCAGCUGUUCCGAAGGCAUCAUCGGAGAGGCUAAAUCAUUCAACGAAUCACGCAGACGAUUCUGGUUUAUCACGCUCCACAUCCGUUGCCACGGGACUCAACAUAAUGAAAAGGCAGAAGGUCAAAACCAUCUUCCCUCACACCGCCGGGAGCAACAAAACUUUGCUCAGCUUUGCACAGGGCGAUACCAUCACGCUCCUGGUGUCGGAGGAAAGGGACGGCUGGCUGUACGGAGAACACGACGUGACUAAAGUGAAAGGCUGGUUCCCCUCCUCUUACACAAAGCCGUUCGAAGAACCAGCUGAAGAGACAGCCCGUGCGCCGGCCCCGAGUCCUGCGCCUGUCCGGAGCGUCAGUUCAGUCAACUUGUCAGACAGAGGUGGGGUGGUCCUUCCCCCGCCAGAUUAUCUGGUGCCUAGCCAAACAAGAGCGAGUUCUGAAGCCAGAGCGGAACCUUCUAAGACGACAGCGACGCUUAAAACGCCAGCGACCAAACCAAACAGCGCAGCACCCGUAAGUAGAACUGCAGCUUAA